UCUCCGCGGUGGGACACUCAGCUAUUGUGCGUGUUGGGGAGGGAACUCGAAAGUCUCAGCUUUGUUAUACUUCAAUGAAAGGACGCGGAAGUAAACAGUCUUUAACGGAUUUGUUUUAUUUAACCUUUAUGAUUUUACGAAUAUGACGUUUUCCUUUUGAUGCGACCUUGCGAAAUGUGGACUGAAAUUAUGAUCUAGUUGGCAAAGCCCUGUCUGGCUGCGUAAAUUUCCCGGCCUCUUGUGACUGUCAACGCGUGGCUCUUUACAUGAGAUAAAGGUAAACAUUAACACAUGGUGAAUGCUACGAACUACCGAAACAAGAAUUGUUCUCUCCUCAGCUUCGUGACAGAAGACCGACUGCAGUCCUUUUGCAUCCCUAUUCCAACUCUUUGACCCUUCCACCGCUCGCCAUGGAAGCCAGAGGAAAGUACGAGUUUAAUGCUACGGCUGAGGAUGAGCUGAGCUUCCGAAAGGGAGACAUCCUGAAAAUUCUAGGUAGUCAAGAUGAGUGGUUUAAGGCAGAGCUGCAUGGACAGGAAGGCUUUGUGCCCCAAAACUACACUGAGAGACAAACACCAAGCUGGUUCAAGGAGACGGCAAGCCGCAGCUCUGCUGAGGAGCUCCUGAUGUCUAGGGAGGUGGGGGGAUUCCUGAUCCGUGGCAGUCAGAGCUCCCCUGGAGAAUUCUCCAUCUCUGUCAGACAUGAGUUUGACGUGCAGCAUUUCAAAGUGAUGAAGGACAGCAAAGGCCACUACUUCCUGUGGUCAGAGAAAUUCACUUCCCUCAACAAGCUGGUGGACUUCUACAAGAACACCUCUAUCUCCAAGCAACGGGACAUCUACCUUAGAGACGGUAGUCGGGAUGACCAGAGCCCAUCCGCACCCCAACCGUUGAAGAGGGGGAGUCUACCUGAGGAGAGGAGCUAUGGGGCCCCUACUGCAGCCAUGUCACACCGCAGGGCCUCAGACCUUCCUCACAGUCAGCAGAGUAAGAGACCUGGGAUGGAGGUGAGGGCUCACACCAUAGGCACCCCUGGUAGAAACACCCCCCUAUCCUCUCUCCCAGCCCCCCAAAGGACAUCUGAAACCAUGCCUCAUCCACAGAGGGCAGUCAUACAGGUGAAAGCAGUGUACGACUUCACAGCGGAGGAAGGGGACGAGCUAGGCUUCCGUGCAGGUGAUGUCAUUGACAUUUUGGAUCACUCUGAUCCAUCGUGGUGGAAAGGAAGAUUGCGGGGUAAAAGUGGUCUGUUCCCUGCCAACUAUACCACACCAUUAUGAGGAAAGCUUAGAGAGAGAGAAGUCGCUCUUUGGGCUUCUCCAAUCAUAUGGACUGUGAUGAUAAGAGUCGGGCAACACACAGAAACUUCAGCAGCCCAAACUGUAGGACUAAAAAGAAAUUGGUUCACAUAUGAUUUCUGAUAACAUAUGCUCACACAUUUAUUUUUUAUUUUAAAGCUGGUGCUCAGCAUGAAACAAAUGACAUACCUAAAUGACAUUGAUUUAUAAGCAGAGGCGGACUUACCAUUAGGCAGAAGAGGCAAUUGCCUCAGGCCUCAGAUCAUCAAGGUGCCUUGUGAGCUGGGCAUAAUAAUAAAAUACUAGCAAUCUUCUUUUUUUCCCCAAUAAUGUCUCUGCAUGAGACCCCACAACUGGUUUAUAAUAAUGGACUAUUCCAGCUUGACAGAGUUCCUGUGCAUUGUUUCAUGCGAUAUGAUUGCAAAUUUGACAUUCAUUGUAAUUAAGCUGUAUCAAUUAGAUGCUUUCACAGCGGGGCAGAGAAAUGUGCAAUUAACGCAACCAGUGAAAAUAAAAGGAAAGAAAAGAUUUAACAGAAAAAUGUUGUAAGUUAAUCCAUUUCUUUAGUCAAAAGACAAGUGCUGCUUGUAAUACUGGCAUUGUCAUUGAGGCAAAAGACAUGUAUGUGUAGACAAUGUAUCUGAUGCAAUCUGGCCAAACAGAGCAUGGCAUGUCAUUCGCUUUUUGGCCAGACACAUUGGAAGCAUAUAGAAAGACAGGGGCGUUGUUUGGCUCACUAGGAUAAUCGGAUCAUCUCCAGUGAGAUAGUUUGUCACUUGCAAAUUGAAGGAAAUUGUUUGGAUGCUACUUUAAGAAGUGAUUGUUUGACAAUCAGAUGGAAACAUCAUGACCUGUUGUGUUCAUUUUAAUCACAGCCACCGCCCCCACAGGAGGCCUUUUGCCUUUUGGUAGGCCGUUAUUGUAAAUAAGAAUUUGUUAACUGACUUGCCUAGUUAAAUAAAGGUUACAGGUUAAACAAAAAUGGCACAUUAAAAGGUCAUUUCUUUUUACAGUUAAAUGAUGGCUUUACUAUAAAACCCAUAACAAAAUGUUGUCCACCCAAAUCACUAAGUCCGCCCCUGUUUGUAAGGGAACUUCCACAACCCAACUACAGUGUCAUAUCCAUUGGAGGUUGAAAACUGGGAGCUUUGCUGCCACACAUUUACUGUAUGGUACUACACUUUUUGUAUUGCUACCUUUUUGUAUUGUUUGUAGCGCUUGCUUUUAAUUGUAAGGUCGCCAUAGCAAAUGAUGUCUUGUUAGUGAACUACCAAAUGUACAAUGUCAGUUUGGGUAUGCUUGUCAUCUGUCUAAAUUAAAACAAUGAUGUAUAUAAACCCUG